AUGUCUGUUACGUACGACUUCACGGGUAAAGUGGCGCUAAUCACGGGCUCGAGUGGGGGUAUCGGUGCUGGCAUUGCCGUACAGUUUGCUCAAUCGGGUGCCAGUGUUGUGGUCACCGGUCGUAACGCAGACAAAGUGGCAGAAGUGGCCAAACAGUGUCUCAAUGUAUCGCCGAAAGGAAUUAAACCUCUGGAAGUGUUGGCGGAUGUGACCAAACGAGAAGAUCUCAGACGUCUGGUCGACCAGACUAUUGGACGGUUUGAUAAACUGGAUAUUGUGGUCAAUAACGCGGGCGCCCUCUUCUACGGCAUCAUUACUGACCAUAACUUUUACGACAAUUACAAGAAUACAAUGUCUGUUAACUUGGAUUCUGUCGUCUAUUUAACGCAUAUACAGUAUGUGUCGAGUAUUUGGAGAAAACCAAAUGGAAACAUCAUUAAUAUCUCAAGCAUUUCCGGAUUGCGAGCCACCCAAAACGUGACACCUUAUUGUAUGGCUAAGAGCGCGCUCGUGAUGUUUGGCCAGUGUAUGGCCGCAGAACUCGGACCAAAACGCAUCAGGGUUAACACUAUUCUGCCCGGAUAUGUGCCCACCUCUGUAUUCGAGACGGCGGGUGCGAGUGGUGACAGUUUGGGCACUUUGAACGCUAUUUGUAAGCAACGAAUGCCGGUGGGCCGAGAGGGCACACCCGUCGAUAUGGCACAGGCGGUUCAAUUUGUGGCCAGCGACCAUGCCAACUUUAUCACCGGGGCCAGUCUAGUGGUUGACGGUGUAACUAUGAAUGAGAAAAUGUUGCAUGAUGAAAACCGGCGGCUAAUGACCAUGCUGCAAAUUGAACGCAAACUCACCGAGUGUUUGGACAAUAUCCGUAACGCAGCGCUUGUGUUAAUACAUCGAUGUCAUUGUCCAUCCGGUGGCCAAUUGGCGGACACUAUCAACGAGUUUAACGGCGUUUACCACGAGCUCAAAGUGAAACAAUAUUGGUUGAAAAAUGGCCGCACAGACAGUGGCCGCCGUAAUAACGGUGGCAAUUGUGCUGCUGAUGGCGGUGGUAAUGGUGGUGAUAGUGUUGGUGGUACCCAUGCAUCAGAUGAUUUGGAUUAU